AUGGCGGCCCGGACCCCUUCCGCCGCCUUCGCGGCCGCUUCCUGCCGGCCCCCCUGGUUCAAUCAGCGGCCGACAACUCGCGGCGUGUGGGAGGGCGCGGGGUCCGCCCGCCAAUGGGGAACUACGGCGCGCGGCCGGGACCCGGAGGCAACUCCUCACGGCGGGCGCGGUUCAGUCCGGCAGCGGCGGCGGCGGCGGCGGUGGUGGAGGAGGAGGAGGAGGAGGAGGAUGUGGGCCACGCAGGGGCUGGCGGUGGCGCUGGCUCUGAGCGUGUUGCCGGGCGGCCGGGCUCUGCGGCCAGGCGACUGCGAAGUCUGUAUCUCUUAUCUGGGAAGAUUUUAUCAGGACCUCAAAGAUCGAGAUGUCACAUUCUCACCAUCCUCUGUUGAAAAAGAGCUUAUAAAAUUCUGCCGGGAAGCAAGAGGCAAAGAGAAUCGGUUGUGCUACUACAUUGGGGCCACAGAUGACGCUGCCACUAAGAUCAUCAACGAGGUGUCGAAGCCCCUGGCCCACCACAUCCCUGUGGAGAAGGUCUGUGAGAAGCUCAAAAAGAAGGACAGCCAGAUCUGUGAGCUAAAGUAUGACAAGCAGAUUGACCUGAGCACAGUGGACCUGAAGAAGCUCCGGGUUAAAGAACUCAAGAAGAUCCUGGACGACUGGGGGGAGACGUGCAAAGGCUGUGCGGAGAAGUCUGACUACAUCCGGAAGAUUAAUGAACUGAUGCCUAAAUAUGCCCCCAAGGCAGCCGGUUCACGGACUGAUUUGUAGUCUGCCCGCCCCCCGCUGCACCUGUGGGGAAAGCAUUCCACUUGCAUCUUCCCUGCAGCCUUUUUGUAAUUUAUUUUUUAGGCAGGCUCCUGACAAUGUCAGGUGUGAAGCCUGGAGCUCUCCUGCCGAUGCUGGCUCUACAGCGCCCCCUGGGGGGUUCACUUUGUUCUGUUGCUGGUUUACUC